AAAUUUUCGACGAAUAAGAGAAGAUUUGUGGUUGGAAAUAAUACGAGUAGCUGGAGGACUACGCAGGGUCGACUGAAGAACUUUCGUGCAAUCGAUCAGUUUACCGAUUGGGCCUUACUGCCGAGUAAGCUGAAGAGAUUCAUGCCAAAAACGAUUUUUAAACACAAGCUGAAAGAGUUUUUACUAAUUAUUUUUCGCGUUAGUUAGUAGUAUUUUUAAAUUGUCGAAGUUUCAACGUCGUGUGCCUUUUUUGGAUAUUUCAGGCGUUUAUCACGAAGGUUGCGCGGCGUUUGCUAGUGUUUCGCCGAAUGUUGUGGCGGACGAAAGCGUAAUGAAGACUGAUGAGGGAAUGACUAUGGAGCAGCGAUACACAGUGCGGCACUUGGUAGAUUUGCUGGAGCAUUGUGCGAAGUUUCUUGAGCGUGCUGAGCGAUAUGAAGUGAUGGGUGAGGUGUUCAAACUGGCAAUUCCCAUCUACGAACAGGAGAGAGAUUUUCGGCGUCUCUCCAAUGCCUACGAGAGCUUGGCCAAAGCAUACAAGAAGGUUGUAGAUGUGAUGGGAACUGGAAAAAGACUUCUUGGAAAAUACUUCCGGGUUGCUUUCUUUGGACAGAUGUUCGGCGACGAUGAUGGAAAGGAGUUCAUUUACAAAGAACCAAAGAUCACUGGCCUAGCGGAAAUUUCGCACAGACUAGAAGCAAUGUACUCCAGAAAACAUGGCAAAGAUAGUGUCAAACUCAUCAUGGAGUCUGCCAAGGUACACGCAGAAACAUUGGAUUCAAAGAUCGGUCACAUUCAGAUAACUUAUGUCCAGCCUUAUUUUGACGACGAGGAGCUUGAAGUCAGACCGACCUUGUUUGAACGAAACAACAACAUCAGACGAUUUAUCUACGAAACGCCGUUUACGGUCGGCGGUAAAGCGCAUGGAAGCCUCACGGAACAGUGCAAGAGAAAGACAAUCUUAACAACGUCGAAUACCUUUCCUUAUGUAAAGAAGCGAAUCCUUGUUGUGCAAGAGGAGCAGUAUGAGCUAACGCCAGUUGAGGUGGCUUUCGACGAGAUGCAAAAUAAGGUCAAAGAGCUAAACAACGUGAUUGCUCAAAAUCCCCCAGACAUGAAGAAACUUCAGCUUGUCUUACAAGGCAGUGUCAGUGUGCAGGUAAAUGCUGGCCCUCUAGCAUACGCUCAAUCAUUCCUUGACAAGUCUGUGUUGACAUCACAUCCUCACAAACACAUCGAAAAGCUUCAACAAGUUUACAGAGAAUUUCUUGCGUGUUGCGGUAAAGCUUUGGACAUAAACGAUCAGUUAAUUAAGGAAGAUCAAAGAAUGUACCAGGAAGACAUGAAAGAAAAAUACGCCCACCUCAGGACACAACUUGCCAAGUACAUUGGAGACGAGGUUAUCACCACAGUAACAUCUUCAAGCAGUCUGUCGUCACUUGGCGUUUAAACCAGUCAGAAUGAGAAUACCAGGUCACAUGGAAGCAUAUUCCGUGGAUUUCAGAACUGAACAAGACGCACUUCGCUUCGUCUUCAGUGUUCACGAGAGACGUCCUAGUACAUAUUUUCGUCCCAAACACUCCCGCACCCAUUGUUCUUUAUUUGAUCUUUCCAUACCCAGCAGCGAUUUUAACUUCAGAAUUUUACGGGAAAGUCAAUUUGCUGACCGAAAUUUAAUUUCUCCCAAGGCUUAUUAGAAAGACAGUUAUGGAAACAAAGUGCAUUGAAGGAGAAUUCAAAUGCUAGCGUUGGGUGUUAAAAAAAUAAAUCUUCCCCUCGGAUAUUAGUUAACAGUAAUCAGCCGAAAAUUGGACACUACAGUGCGAUUAUGUUACUGUGAAGUCUUGCUACUUGCUGCAGCACCUGGGAAUUCAAGCAUGUCCAUCUGUAAUAGAGUCACAAGAAGUGUAGAAGAGACGAGACAAGAAGGAAUGUUGCCGUCAAAAUUAUACCAUUAAUUUAAUCAAUAUUUACGCUGCUAAGCUACAGACAUAGCUUUUGCAUCUGUUUUGCUGUAUGGAAAGUAGCGUUGUUUUAUAUUCGGUAAAAGCUCCAGGCGAGUUUGUCCGUUAUUGCUAAGUUGUAUAGCUGAUAAAUCUUUGCUCAGUGUCUCGUUUAGGGGACUCGUCUUAAAUUAGUUCAUGAACAAGGGUCAUUUUAGAA